AAGAAGGUGAACUUAGGAACUUUGGAACUGUGUUUACAGAGAGAGAGAGUGUGGUGGCUGUGGGCUAAGCGGACCUUUUUGACUGGUAUCGAUGCAUUUCUGUGCGUGUAACGUUGGGAACGUUUCAUUCAUCAGUGCCUGAACUAUAGCCAACACCAUGAUCAUGUACAUAAUUGCAGUCGCAUGCUUAUUAAUAGUUUCUUGGUUGUUGGAGUUGGUUUUACGAAUUCCGAAAGUACCAAAUUUAAGCAGCAAGUAUGUGUUAAUCACAGGGUGCGACUCAGGGUUUGGCAAUCAGCUGGCUAUCCAACUGGAUGGGAAAGGAAUUCACGUUAUAGCAGCAUGCCUGAUGGAGGAGGCAAGCAAGAAACUGAAGAUGUCGCUGUCGCAGCGUUCAUCUACGAUAGUGAUGGAUGUCACAGAUCACGGCAGUGUCCAGCAAGCGAUGCAUGAUGUCCAAGAGAUAAUCCCUGAAUCAAAAGGUUUAUGGGGUCUUGUAAAUAAUGCUGGCAUUGGUGGUUGUCUUGGUGCGAUGGAUUGGUGGAGCAGGGAGGAGUACAAGAAGGUGCUUGACGUUAACCUGUUUGGCUUGAUUGACGUCACUAAGGUGUUUACCCCCUUGCUGAAGCAGGGCAAGGGAAGGAUUGUGAAUGUGGCAAGUGUACUUGGUAGGGUUGUAGGACUAGUACCAGAGGCUGGCUAUUGCAUUUCAAAAUUUGGUGUUGAAUGUUUCUCAGAUGAAAUCAGGGUAUUAUUGAAAGCUUUUGGAAUAUCUGUCAGCAUCAUUGAGCCUGGGUUUUUCAAGACAGCUAUAUGUAAUCCAGAGAAUAUUUUGCCAAAAUUAAAGGAAAGAUGGAAAGAUUUAGGUCAAGAAAUCCAUGAGGAAUAUGGGGGUGAAGAAACUAUGAAAGAAAAAAUGAAUUCAGCUAAAGACUUUCUGAUCAAGGCACCUUCUACGAGAACCGAAAAAGUAGUGGAUGCCAUGGAACAUGCACUGACUGCCAAGUACCCAAAGAAACGUUACAGUGUUGGCCUCGAUGCCAAGUUGCUAUGGAUACCACUCAGCUACAUGCCAGCUUUUAUCACAUAUGCUUUCCUGGGAAGGGCAUUAAAAUGCUAAUUUGUCUCGCCUCUGGAGCAAACAUCAUAAUUUGUUAUUGUGGGACAUUUUUGGAAUCUGAUGCAAGAGUCUAUCUACAUUGGUACCUGCAUUCAAUUUUUAUUUAUUCUUGAUACAAAAUCACAUUGGUACAUGCCUUUAAAUAAUUGAAGUGAGCUAUAUGUCAAGCAACCAAUCAAUCGGUACAUUUUUACCGCCAGAAUCCAUUGCAGUAACAGUGAUGAUUGAUGGCGCUUAUGAAAAAGUCAAACUCAGAAGUUUUAAAUAUUAUGUCUGUAGCAAUAUAUAGAAUUGAAAUAUGUAUAGGCCUAUAUACAUAAUUCUUCAAGUCCAGCUAUUUGAUUACAAAAGAAUUGAUGAACUGGUAUGAAUAAGAUUGAUUUAAUGGUGGCCUGGCUUCCCUCUCCCCCUUGAUUCUGAACAAGUGCUUUUAACCUCUCAUUGGGAAGAUUACGUUUGAUGACAUCUAUAUGAUACGAUCUUGCGUGUAUGGUGUGGUGUUUGGCUUUAGGUAUGUUCCUAAUGCUGUAACCACUAUUUUCAAUAUUAUACUGUGUUAUUGCAACUUGGGUACAGAAUUCUAUUAAGUACGUAUAUGUGAUUGAUUGUUCAUUGGAUGUUUAUUAAAUCUAAUGUGCAAUAAACUCACUUUGUAAGACUAUGCCAGUCUCCAAAAUUGCAUAUUAAUUAAUUUAUAGUAAUUUUAUCCAUUUUAGUUAUACAGAUAUUGUACACUACACUCUUCCAUUUGUGAUUAUUAAUAAAUUUAUAUUGAAAUUA